GUUGCGGACGUAGGGGCACGUGGUGCAGGCGAAGCGGUGGCAGCGCGCGCCCUCCUCGGCCACCAGCACGUUCCCGCAGGCCGCGCAGAAGAGCAGCAUGGCCGGGGCCGAGGCCGGGGCCGGGGCCGGGGCCGGGGCCGAGGCGGAGUCCGAGCCGGCGCACGCCGAGGCGGCGGAGCUGUGGCAGGCCGGGCUGGCGCGCCUCGUGCGGGACCCGCUGCUCUGCGACCUGCCGGCUCAGGUGACCCCGGAAGAGAUCGCCUCGCAGGUGGCGCUCGAGUACGGCCAGGCCAUGACGGUGCGCGUGCGCAGAGCGGACGCCCCGGAGCCCAUGCCCGUGGUGGUGGUGCAGCAGGCGACGGUGCUGGAGCUGAAGAAGGCGGUGCGGCGCUUCGUGCAGCUGCGGCAGGAGCGCCAGGGCGGCGUGCGGCACAUCAGCUGGAAGCGCGUGUGGCGGACCUACAGCCUGUCCUUCGGCAGCGAGAAGCUGGACGACGACCGCAAGAAGCUGCGCGAGUACGGCAUCCGGAACCGCGACGAGGUCUGCUUCGUGAAGAGGCUCCGCAAGUGAGGCGAGU